GAUGCGGGAGGAAACCACCAGUGCUAGACCCAAGAAGAGACACAACAACAACGUCUCUGUUCUGCAUAUAAUCGCACGUGCCUGUACUCGCGCAAAGUAAUGGAGGGCAGAGGUUUCACUGGUGGAUUUUCUGGACGAGGUAGAGGUGGUGGUACAACUCCAGAAAGAUCAGAUUGGCGUUCACGCGAAUAUGGAGACUCGGGAAAUUCUACAUCUUUCUAUAUUGAACAAAAAGAUGUUGGCCGGAUCAUUGGAAAAGGUGGUUCAAAAAUAAGGGAUCUGCAAAAUGAAAGUGGUGCAAAUAUAAAGGUGUACAGCAGAGACGUUCAGCGAGGGGAACAAGUGAAAGUUGAGAUCACAGGGAAUCAAGACUGCCAACUGAGAGCAAAAGACUUGAUUGAUAAUAUUACUCUCAAUAGUGAUGGAUUUGGUGACAGGCCAUACGGAGGUGAUCGAGGAGGAGGAGGAGGAGGAGGAGGUUAUGGCUACAGUAAUGGAGAUGAUUACAGAGGUGGCGGAGGUGGUUAUGGUAGACGUGGCGGCGGUGGUGGUGGUGGUGGAGGAAGCAGAGCGUGCUAUAAAUGUGGAGAGGAGGGGCACAUAUCCCGAGAUUGCCCUGAUGGAGGUUCUAGAGGUGGUGGAGGUGGUGGUGGAGGUGGAGGUGGAGGAAGUCGAUCAUGCUACAAGUGCGGUGAGGAAGGACACAUUUCACGCGACUGUCCAGACAAUGCUUAUUGAUCGUGUAGACUGUGCAUUGAUUGGAUAAUUGGAUUUAUCAAUACAAAUGAAACUCACCUACCGAUUGCUAGACUUUAUUGUGCACUGGUUUGAUUACCAGUUUUAUCAUUACUUCAGUGAAAAAUAAAAACAAUGUGUAUCGUGAUCGAACUGAAUUUGAUUUUCAUAAGUAACUACAGUACUUGUCCCUUUGUUCAGUUCAAAAUUGGUCAGUGACAAGGCAAUAGUUUGUAAGGACCCCACUUAAUACUUAGAUCCUGGAAACAAACUCUGUUGGAAUAUUGAAAUGGCAUUGCAUUAGUUGUGUUGUAUUAACAGAUCUCCAUCCUUGGCGCCAUUUGCUUUCCAUAAUGUUUGAGACUUGUAAAGUAAUCCAUGUACUUUGUGAAACUUGACAUUUUCUGCGAGUUGUAUACAAUAAGUGGAUAUGCGUUGCACCUGUGUAAAGGAACCUGUUCGAAAUGGAUGGCCUGUGUUGUGGCAGUGUUGGUUACCUAUUUACAUGUACUGGGAUACGAGUUGGAAUACACAUGGCAUCUUUUAUGAAUCUGUUACCCCUACUUAAUAAAACGCAAAUGUUUUCAGUUGCUAGCUGUUGAUACUUCGCAAAGCUCAAAUUGUGGAUUGGGACGCAUUCUGUUGCUUCUCAAAUUUUAAUCUAUUGAUAAUAGCAAGGCUGUUUAAGAAAUUAGUUUUCCUCCUGAGACUUGUAAUGGAACUUUUUAACAAUGUGUAAUGCUCGAGAUAAAUGUGUAUAAAAGCUUAUGAUUUUUAUUAUCACUUUGGAAAGUUAGUGAUUUUUUAUGUAUGUGGAAUGCUCUCCAAAAUGAGAUGAAAGUAAAACCUGCAUUCGAAAUAGAUUUUCAUGAAGCACAUUAUGAAUUUAAGUGAUAUUUUUUACCUGCUCCAUGUUGCGAGCCUUGCAAGAUGUUACGAGACUUUACCAAUAGAUUUCAAUGAAUGUAGUAGUUCGCAUUUGUCACGGUGUACCUGGCUCCUACAAUGUAUUUCCAGUAUGUAGCACAUUUUAGGGUACACGUAAGUGUAAACUUUAUUUGGAAAUAAUACUUCGAGAUGUGUCCAUUAUUCUAUGUGCUGAUGAUGUAACAUGAUGAUUGUGGCUAACUUAACAUAACGUGAAUACAAAUACCUGUUUAAAUAACGUGAAUACAAAUGCCUGUUUAAUAAAAUUGCGUACAACCAA